AUGCCCGUCCAUCCCAACGCAACCACCGCGGUCUCAGCGCCGGGCAAGGUGCUUCUUACUGGAGGCUACCUAGUGCUCGACCGACACUACACUGGCACUGUAUUUGCUCUCGAUGCUCGAAUCCACGCCGUUGUCCAGCAGCUCCAGCGCGACCGAAAAGGCUCCAACCAGCCCGAAACCCCGCCAACAUCUGACGAGGCGGCAGACAGCCAGGCCGAGAGCGUUAUUGUUCGCUCACCACAAUUUAUAGACGCGGUCUGGGAAUAUGGUGUUCAACGGUGCGAGCAGGGCGGGGGAGUUAAAGUCACACAGCAAAACGAGGGUCCGAGGAACCCUUUUGUCGAGACAUCUUUAAAUUACGCUUUGACAUAUAUCAGCUAUGUAGCUGAUUCGAAAGACCUUGGUUCCCUGUCCGUCACGAUAUUGGCCGACAACGACUACUACUCAGACGCCAAUCAACCAACAAACAGCAAUCGACGAAACCGCGGUGCAUUCCGUGACUUUGGUGUCAAAUUAGAGGAUGCCCACAAAACAGGACUGGGCUCGUCGGCCGCUUUGGUCACAGCAUUGGUAUCGGCACUUGUGAUGCAUCGUACCAUGCACCCGGAUGAUCUCCUUGCCGUUAGAGACAAAUUACACAACCUAGCCCAAGCUGCACACUGUGCCGCCCAGGGAAAGGUGGGCUCUGGGUUUGACGUGGGAGCGGCCGUCUUUGGAUCGUGUUCGUACCGACGCUUUUCUCCUUCUAUUCUCGAGGGCUUGGGUGAUGUCGGGUCUCCUGGUUUUGAAGAGAGGCUGUUCUCAACAGUGGAAGACUUGGAUUCUGCGCAACCCUGGGACACUGAAUUCAUGGAUGUUAAUAUGAAACUGCCACCUGGAAUGCAAAUGGUUCUUGCCGAUGUUGAUUGCGGAUCACAGACACCGUCGAUGGUCAGAAAGGUGCUUGAAUGGCGCAAGCAGAAUAAAGAAGAAGCCGAUCAGCUGUGGGACAGUCUGCAAGCAAACAACGAGAAACUGCGCCAGGAACUUCGACGUAAUGCCGGAAAUCGGGCAGACCCAGAGACUGAGGCUGCCCUCGCUGCCGACGUCUCCAAGAAUGCGCGCAUUCUGAUACAACGAUCACGAAACCUGUUAAAGACCAUGACAGAAAAGUCUGGCGUCCCUAUUGAACCACGCGUACAGACAGAACUUCUCGACGCUGUUUCGGCAGUAGAAGGGGUAAUAGGAGGCGUUGUACCUGGUGCUGGAGGAUACGAUGCAGUGGUUAUUUUGAUUCGGGAUGAUAUAGAAGUCGUUCAACGACUAAAUCAUUUGUUUGAGUCUUACUCAAAUCAAGUCGAAGACGACUUUGGCGGAAAGAUAGACAGAGUGCGCAUGUUGGGCGUUCGACAUGGAUCAGAGGGUAUCAAAAACGAGCAUAACAACCUGGGCAAUUACCUGGCGUGGCUAUAG